ACAGAAACAAACAUGGCGCCGCGAAAGUGAGGAGAGUCGACCUAUUUUUAGUUUAGUUAGUUCGGGUCCACACACGUCGUGCCGCCGGACAGAUGAGAGGAAGAAGAGGACCGUCUUCAUCAGCAGGUAUCCGUCAGCAGAGCAGGAUGUCUCUGAGGAAGCAGAUAGUCAAAGACGUCCAUUCUGAGAGCCAGCAGACAGACGAAAACACCCAGGAAGACGAUGCUGCCACCGACAGAGAUGAUACGGACGAGCUUUCAGCAUCACUUCUGCCGGCGUCGUCAGCUCGAGAGCACCGCUUGAGGGAGAGAGAGAACAAAUCCAAAGAGAUGACGGAGGAGGAAAUGAUGGACUUGGCGUUGCGUCUGAGCGAACAGGAAGCCAGCGUCACGGCGCUGCGACGGCGGCAGGAGGAAGAGGCCGUGAUGAAAGCCAUCGAAGAGAGCAUGGUCGACCAGUCUCAGGAACGCCAGGCUUCCCAAAGUCAAACUCUGCUCGCCGACGCUUCGCUCAGGUUCUGCCCUCGACGGAAGCUUUCGUACUCCAACGGGAAGAAGUCUGCCGCCGUCGGUCCGGAGACGAACCUGAACUCGGGAGCUGGAGAUGAAAACAACUGGAAUAAGAAGCGAAAGAGGAAAGCCGGGAGUCCGCUGCCGGAGAUGCCCGACUUGUCUCAGAAAAUCUGCUCUCAGGCGUCACCCUGCAGCUCCGAGUGUCCGUCAGCACAUCCGGACUCUCCACAGAGCUCCGACUCGACGCAGAUCGACGACUGCCAGCUCCGUAAAUCCCCCGUCUUCCCUUCGACCGGCAGCAGAGCCAAAGUUCACGUCAGCCGGCUGACCCAGGACCUGCUGGACACCUGCAGAAACUCAGGUUUCGUGUUGUGCUCUCAGGACAGCUGGGCCUCGACUCAAAUUCCUGCUCAGCCCAAGAGCCCGACGUUUCCCGAAAGCGACCUCACAACGUGCCCCAAAAGCCCCGUCUUCCCCGAGGCCGAUAAAAGCCCCGUCUUCCCCGAGGCCGAUAAAAGCCCCGUCUUCCCCGAGGCCGACAAAAGCCCCGUCUUCCCCGAGGCCGACAAAAGCCCCGUCUUCCCCGAGGCCGAUAAAAGCCCCGUCUUCCCCGAGGCCGACAAAAGCCCCGUCUUCGGCAGAAAUACUCAGCGAGAGACGUCUCCAAGUGCCUGCAAACCCCAGGUCUCCGCCUGUAGCCCCAAAUGUGAAAACUCAGGGUUCGCAUUCUCUUCUCAGGAAAGCUUAACCUCCACUGUGAGGCCCAAGAGCCCGGUGUUCCCGAGAAGCCCCGGCCUUCCUGGGAACCCCAUAAAACCCCACCAGGGACCGACCGAGCAGAGUCGAGGCCGGUCUGGAAGCCCAGCCUUGGGCAGGACAGUCAGACAUCAGGAGGGUCACAGUGAUGUGCAGGAAGAAUGUGUGACUCCUUCAGUCAGCAGGGAGGACGCAAACGACGGCGGCGGCAGUCGAGUCGACGGCUUGGACGCCACCUCCCCGUCGUCCCGCUCAGACGAGCUGAACGAGAAACCCAAAGAGUGGAACUGCUCUGAGCCGGAGCUGACCAGCGACAUGACGCUGGUCUGGUCCGACGAGGACGACGACGACGCCACGCAGGCGGGAGGCUCUCCCAGCCCGGUCUUCCCAGAGGAAAGGCCUCGUCAUCGGGCAGAGAGCCAGACGGCCUCCCUGAGCCACCUGGAUGCUGAUUCUUCACAGACCAACCGCAGCUUGAAUCCUCAGAGAUGUCGUCAGAGCAGCUCCGACAGAACAGCUGCUGCUUCUUCUUGUACCGGCCGGGGGGCAGCUGGCAGGACGGCGCCCCCGUCUGGGGAUCCUGCAGGCGGGCAGGCGGUUCACUACUACUGGGGGGUUCCCUUCUGUCCCCGAGGCCUGGACCCCGACAGAUACACUCAGGUGAUCCUGGCUCAGAUGGAAGUUUAUGAGAAGAGUCUGAAACAGGCUCAGAGGUGUUUGCUGAGAAAGGCCGAGUGGGGGGAGGCCGUCCUGCCACAGCCAGAGAAGUCUCCGUCACCAGAGUUGCUCGACGAAGCGCCACAACAGCUCGCUCCUCAAAGACGUGGCCUCAGACUCAGAGGUCAAAAACCGAGUGAAGCAGCCGAGGAAGAGGAGGAGGAGGAAGAGGAGCGACGAGAGACGGAAAACCGGGAAGAAGAAGAAGAAGAGAAGAACGACGGUGAUGAAGGACCGGUGGACGUCGAUGACUGCGAGGUUUGUCCAGAGACCCCACUGAGCGACGCCACACAAGAUCUGACGGAAGCCAACGGAGCAGAGGUUUCUCCACAGCCGCCUCCUCAGAGAAGCGAGUCUCCUGACGUCGAGAUGAUCCUCGGAGGAGAUUCUCCGGCCGCUGACGAGCCGCCGCCACCGCCGCCGGAGGAGGAGGAAGAGAUGGAGGUGGACGCCCCGCCGGAGGAGAAGGCUGCCGGCGGCGUCGACCCCGCAGGACCAGCCGCAGGACCAGAGGAGGUGAAGGAGGACCGGGGGGAUCUGGAUGUGGAGGAGGUGAUGGAAAGUCGUCUUCAGAGGUCGGCGUCUCCUGAGCUGGAACUGGCUGUCGUCCCUCGCAGCCCAGAGACCGCCGUCGACUGCCCGAUCUGCCAGGCGUCCUUCCCCGCCAGCCAGAUUGAGAUGCACGCAGCGUACUGCGACGGAGAGGCGGCGGACCGGAGGAGGCCUGCAGGUUCCCAAGCGUCGCUGAAGCCACGAAGGAAAAGAACGAGGCGAGCAGAGGCGACUGUCGACGAGACCAACGAGCCCUCCAACUCUGGACGGAACCCGGAGAAGUGUUACAUCUGUCAGAAAAACGUUCCUCUGAGAGACUACAGCCGACACACCGAGCUCUGCUUUCAGCGUCGGGCGUCGAAAGCUGCAGCGAAGGGAAACCUGCUGUCAGCCCUGGAGCAAACAGAGAGCAGGGAUUCAGAUGCCGGCCCGUCUGGAUCCAAACCUCCACCAGGAGACGUCAUCGACCUGCGGGACGACGACGACGACGACGAGGAAGGGGAGGCUUCAGCGUUCAGGGUCAGCAGCUCUCCCAUCAGAUCCUUCACGUCCAUCUCGGAGGCCACCGACUGCCUCGUCGACUUCAGGAAACAGCGUCGAGCCGCCAAGCCGAGCCAAAGACGGAGGUGAAGAGCGGCGGCAGAAGUCCUGGAAACCGGAGCCUUAACUCAAACUCCAAAGAGGUCAAACGCAACGCCACGCCCAGAGAAGACGUCCUCUUCCUGAGGUUACAUUCUGGAUAUUUAUACGAACACAAAUCGCACUUGAAACCCGACGACGGGGACUCUUUUGGUGCCACUUAUGUUGACGAUGUUUCCGACUACCUCUUCGUGUAUCGAAACAUUUCCUUUGCUGUAGUUUUGCUUUCAAACUGAAAAUAAAUGACUUUUUUUUUUCUUUUUUUUUCAUCUGUCGCAGCAAAAA